GAUUUGUUGAAUAAAAAAACAAAAGCAGCAAACAAGUUUUUGAAAGCUGCAGCGUGCUGUCGACCCAAGUUGCUUCCAACAGAAACGCACAACGAAAACAAAAAGAACAACAACAAAAUGAACAACAUUAAUAAAGGUGGCUACGUCCCACCCGGUUAUUAUCCACCAAAUGCGCCACCAUCCGAAGGUGGUGCACCCAACGCACCACCCUAUGCGCCACAGUAUCCUCCACCACAGCACGGAGGAUCGCAGCCGCAGCCAUUAGCCUAUGGUUUUGCUCCGCCACAGCCACAUCAAGCAGGAGGAGGAGGUGGUUAUGCUCCAGUGCCUCAAGCGCAACCUUACGGAGAUGUCUAUUAUGGCGGUGGAUCAGCACCUUUUGGCGCAGGCGCUGGCGCUGGUAGUGGUGCUCCACAUUCAUUUGAGUAUCCGCCAGGACCAGCUGGUCCGCCGCAAGCAUAUGGACCAGGACCUCAGCCGGUGAUAAUGCAACAGCCUCGUAUGCCUGGACCGCCCGCCAUGGGCGGCGUAGCUGGUCCAGCUGGCGACUGGAUGAGUAUACCUACAGGAAUUCCGAACUGUCCGCGCGGAUUGGAAUACCUUACGAGUAUCGACCAGCUUUUAGUUAAGCAAAAGGUGGAGCUGCUCGAGGCCUUCACUGGUUUCGAGACCAACAAUAAGUUCUCAAUCAAAAACGCGCUUGGCCAGAAGGUCUAUUAUGCGGUGGAGGACACCGAUUGCUGCACCCGCAACAUGUGCGGUCCGGCACGCCCCUUCGAUAUGAAAAUCUUUGACAAUUUCCAGCAAGAGGUCAUCCAUGUUCACCGUCCAUUGGCCUGCUCUGCCUGCUGUUUCCCCUGCUGCCUGCAGACAAUGGAAGUGACAGCGCCACCGGGCAAUGUUAUUGGCUCUAUCGAACAGGAGUGGUCCAUUUGCUCGCCAUCAUUUCGCAUUUUGAAUCACAUUGGCGACACGGUCUUGCGUAUUGAGGGUCCCAUGUGCACCUUCUCGAUGUGCGGCGAUGUGGAGUUCAAUGUGGUCUCUCUUACCGGGGAGAAGGUGGGCAAAAUAUCCAAGCAGUGGUCAGGAUUGGCACGUGAAAUAUUCACGGAUGCCGAUUUCUUUGGCCUUACUUUUCCAAUGGAUUUGGAUGUACGCAUGAAAGCCGUGCUGCUUGGCGCCACGUUCCUCAUUGAUGCAAUGUUCUUUGAAAAGAGCGGCAAUCGGGAGACUGAUCGUCCAGGCAUGUUCUAACCCUUAUGGAAUUGCUGUGAGGUUUGCUUGAAAUUUAUGUAGCAAACUAGCAGAUAUAAGAUAUUUCCAGUGCACUAUCGCGUACUAGUCUGAUAUGGCCAAAGCUGCUGCAUUCUUGAAAUAACCAAAUUAUUGACUCUUACUUUUAUCCAAAUUUGGCUACAAGCCACAUCGGAAGGAUUUUGUUAAUCUCAGGAUUUGUUUAUUUGCUAUAUUUUUUUUAUAUUAUUAUUUUUUUUUUAUUAUUAUUUAUUAAUAUACGACGACUACUAUCUUAAUGAAUUUUUGUACAUUUACAUUACAAUGAAUCGAAAUCUCUGAAAAGAGUCAACAAUGUACUUUAA